ACCGGUGUCUUGGAGACAAAUUAAUUAAAAAAAGGAAAAAAAUGAAAAAAACAGCAGCGGCCUCCUAACCAAGCGGCUCUAAGAGGUUCUUCCUCUCUAGAUAUAUACAUAUAAAUGUUUUCCCAAUCAACCUAAAAAAAUACUCCUAAAUCUUUCUCUCUCUCUUUCAUUCCCAUUAAAAAAAAAAUUGCUCUCGCUUCCAAAAUCCUUUGUUCUCUUUCUUGAUCUUCCAAAAAUGCGGAUGAGUUGUAAUGGUUGCCGAAUAUUAAGAAAAGGGUGUAGCGAAAAUUGUAGUAUUAGGCCUUGUCUUCAGUGGAUCAAGAAUCCCGAGUCUCAAGCCAACGCCACUGUUUUCCUCGCCAAGUUUUAUGGCCGCGCUGGGCUUAUGAACCUCAUAAACGCCGGUCCCGAACACCAUCGCCCUGCGAUUUUUCGUUCAUUAUUGUACGAAGCAUGUGGCCGGAUUGUCAACCCGAUAUAUGGUUCGGUUGGGUUGUUGUGGUCCGGGAGUUGGCAUCUCUGUCAAGCCGCCGUCGAAGCCGUUCUUAAGGGUGCUCCGAUUACGCCGAUCACUUCCGAAGCCGCCGUGAGUAGCCAUGGACCGCCUCUCAAGGCGUACGAUAUUCGUCACGUGUCGAAGGACGAGAACUCCGCUGCUUCAAACGAUCCCACCAAUCAGCAGCGAUUGACGAAGACCCGGUGCCGGUUCAAACGAACCGUUAUUAAGCCCAAGGCAAGGAAGGCGACCGAGUUCGAAGUGGAGGGAACUCGCUGCGACACGACUCAAUCAAAGUGGGCGGGUUACUGCGCCGAGGAGGUAAAUCGUUCGACGAGUCACGACUCGUCGGUGAGUCACCAGUCCGACACUGCGCCCAACGUCGAUGGCGACAGUAAAGAGACAGAGACAAGCAUGGUUUCAGUCGAGACCGCCGAGGUGUCUCUGUUGUUCAGAGCUGAGCCUGAGUCAGCCACCAAGCCCGACAAUGAGACGGCGAGGGAUAAUGAUCCGGGUCUGGAGCUGACACUGGGCUUUGAGCCGGCCCCGCAUGCACGUCGCCAUGUGGUUCCUGUGAAGAAGAGAAGGAUCGAGGCCGCCGGUAGUGACGGAUGCGCCACCUCUGAUGAUGGCGCGUGUAAGAUAGAGUUAGGGUUGGAAUAUCCGGCUUGAGUGGAGUCCAAGUAAAAUAUUUGAAAAAUGGAAAAGA